AUCUAAAAUAUAAUUUAAUUUGUUUAUCAAAUUUUUUGUUACUACAUGAUUCCAUAGAAAACCCCUUGAAUGAGUAGGUGUGUCCAAACUUUUGACUGGUACUGUAGGUCACUAUGUAGAUAAUUCAGUUCAGUUUCAAACCUUCACUGACUUGGUGCCUGCAGUCUGUAUGUUCCUCCUGGCAAUUUUGAGAUACAAUGUCGUACAGUAGAUCAUAUCAAUCAUAUUGUUUUCUGGCCCAAAAGCCGGCAGAUGGCGAUAUUGAGUUGUUUCAUGUUAAUGUCCAAAGGCAUUGUUUGCAGCUGGCUAUAAGCCUGAGGCCGGUUCGUACAUAAAACAUUCUCCAUUCAGGCUGCAAAGGCGUCAAUUUCCUCCUUAAUUUGAUUUAUUGCCGAUAAUGCCACAGGGAAAAAAAACAGGGAAAGUAUGUGUACUUUAUGAAACACAAUUUUGCACCACCAUGCUAGGGUGGCUAAUGCGUGUUCACUCAUGUUGGAAACUCUGAAAUGUUACACUUGCUAAUCUAGGUGGAAGAAACAGAUUAUGAAUUUCCCUCUUGGGUUUGGACCAGAAUCAACCAAUAGGAAGCUUUACGCAAAUAACUUUAGUUCAUUUUAAGUCAGAGGUCCCGAGUUUCCUACAUGACAUGAACACAGCAUAAUACCUAGGAACGCUAGUCCCAGAUGUGCAUAUAGCCUUUAGCCAUUUAGGCUGCAGCAGUCUGUUGUUUACCGCUGGCUGAAAAGGGGGUGUAAGUAGAAUCAACCAAUAGGAAGCUUAUAUAUAUUUUUUUAAAUCAAACAUUCUCACCAUUAAAUAAAGUUAAGGAGGAAAUUGACACCCUUGCAGCGUGAAUGGAGAAUGUUUUAUGUACAAACCUGUCCAUGCGGGACACGAAUGUAUAUAGCUGGCUGCAUCGUCAUCUGCUGGCCCUGAGGCUGUACUCUGAGGAUGGUGAACACAUUGUCCUGGUUCACACAGAAGAUGACAGAUUCUGGGCUAUGGAUUCAUCCUGUCCCCAUGAAGGAGGCCCUCUUGACCUCGGUGACAUUGAGGACCUGGGAGAUGGGAAGAGGGUUCUGGUCUGUCCCUGGCAUCACUUUGACUUCUGCCUGGAGACAGGUGCCUCUUCCAUGGGACUACAGAACCAGGUGUAUGAGGUCAGAGUUGUCCAAGACAUGAUUUAUAUCAACACACAGAAUGAGCUGUGUCUAAGUCCCAUCCCAGAGACAGACACAUCUAAUGGCAAGUUGUCAGUAGAUGAUGUCGAGCCAUCACCCUCUGAGGACACACUGUGCUUCUGGGCUACAAAGAUCCUCUGCACACCAGACCCCAAAGAGAAGGUCGCCAUGACGCUGGAGGUCCAGGAGAGGUGGAACAGUGGGGAGAUCACAGAGGUGGGUCAGGCUACACCACCUGUCCAGCCAAGCAGGAAGGAGAACCUGACCGUACUGCAGCCGGGCAAAAUCAAGCGUGGCAAAGGUGGCACACAGGCUAGCAGGAUAGCCCUCCUCCACUCCCUGGCUAACAUAGAGCAGUGGGCUAUAGACCUGUCCUGGGACAUCAUCGCUCGCUUCUCAUCGGUCAGACUGGACACUGGAGAGCCCCUGCCCCGCCAGUUCUUCAGCGACUUUGUCAAAGUGGCCGGAGACGAGGCCAAGCAUUAUCACUUACUAGAGACGAGGAUCACAGAACUCGACAGCUUCUUUGGUGCGUUACCUGUUCAUAAUGGACUGUGGCAGUCAGCAACGGAUACGUCCCACGACCUUCUGGCGAGGCUAGCCAUUGUGCAUAUGGUACAUGAAGCCAGGGGCCUAGAUGUGCACCCCCAGACCCUCUCCCGCUUCGCUGCCCAGGGGGACUGCAGCUCUGUGGAGGUGCUGGAGGUUAUCUACCAGGAUGAGAUCACUCACGUGGCCGCCGGGCUCCGCUGGUUCACCUACAUCUGUUCACAGGAAGAACGGGAUUGCUUAUCUACUUUCCAUGACUUGGUGAAGCAGCACUUCAAAGGUUACCUGAAGCCUCCUUUUAACACAGAGGGUAGGAAGACAGCAGGGAUGACAGAGGAGUGGUACGUGCCUCUUGUAAAGCCUCCCAGUUAACAGACAAUGUCCCCGAGACCAGCAUGCUGUGACGAACACAGUUGUAAAGCCUCCCAGUUAACAGACAAUGUCCCCGAGACCAGCACGCUGUGACGAACACAGUUGCUGCGUCCCAGUGGGUGGAGGAAGCAGUUUCACACCAAAUCUCAUAACACCUGGAUAAGGGUCAAACUGUUACUAUUAUAAAGGUUUAAACUCAAACAUGUCAGUAGCCGUAUCAAUGUGGUAUUGCAAUCUAAUAUCUGAGCCCAAUGUAGAUGACGUGGCAUUCGAUCAUUGGUUAAUUUGUGCAGUGCGACUGCAAUGUAGUCGGCCUGGAACGGCACCAUUUAGUCCCCUGGGAAGAGUACAUCUCUAAAACAGACCCCACCAUCUCUACAACUGUGAUAAAUAUUACAAAGUCCAAUGCAUAAUAUCGUAAUGGAUAAUGUCAUAGAGCAAAUGACAAAGGCAACAGAACCUUGUAAAUGUUUAUCUAUGCAAAUACAACUGUUAUUUUGGUAGUCUUAACGGGUUUGAGGGUUUUGCAUUCGACAACAAACUACUCACACACAACAGCCUCUCCAUGAUAUCACUAUUAUUACAUUCAUGUGUUCCAUAGGCUAUCAGGAAAUAGUUUCCAGUAGGCGUAAAAUAAGAGAAAAUGUUUUUGAAACAGAGGGUAGUUACUACCUGGACUUGAACAAUAAGAAAUGCUCAUUUCUAGUUUCAAAACGUUUUGCCACAGUGUUCCCUGCUGAACACUACUCUUGUGUACUCUUAAAUAUGUUGUCUUAAAACAGACAUAGUAUAGAUCCUUUAUUUUUUACAGGAAAUGUAUCUAAUCAAAUAACAUUAACGUAGGUUGUUGUUUUAAUGCACAGCAUGUAGCUGUGUCAAUGAGUUCUCCUCUCCAGCUGAAUGUAAUUGAGUUCUGUUACUGUGGAACAGGCACUCCUGCUUGGGAGGGCCAGAUCUGUUCUGGAAGCUCUGAUGGAGAUAUCCGUUGUAGAAGUCCGCUGCCGACAGUCUCUUCUUCAGCAUCACCGCCUUGAAUCCCACCCAGCCAUCCUUGACCACCGAACAUACAAAAAGUGCUUGUCAUCAUUUCUUUAUGGGAUCCAUCAAGUUAAUUAUUUGUAUUAUGCCAUGAUACAUCAGGAAGUGAAUUAUUUUUCAUUAAUAUUAGACAUAUUUCAAUAAGACCAAAUUUGAGGUGUUUUGACAUAAUAGUAAACCAUGGAAAGUGUCAAGGAUGAAAAGCCUGGCUCACGCACCUUACAACAGACAGCCAAGGUGUUGGAUUCUUUCUGAUAACUCAUAGAUCCUGGCACAGGAAUCCUCCCUCGACCUGUCAUUAAAACAAUCACAACCUUUCUCAACCUAAGAUAUUCAAAACGGAUGUUACCAGACAGAUUGUCUUCAAAGCGUGUGGACUCCAGCACUACUGCUGCCGAUCCACACAGCUAUUUACCACAUGCUGAUUGAACUAGCUGACUGAGUCAACCACCAAGCAGUGGUGGAAACAAUGAAAUAGGAAAUUACCUGAUAGUGAAAUGUUGCACUUGCCAGCAAAGUCCAGCAGCUUUAUGGUCUUGCCCAUCCAAAUUGUUCUCAAUGGGAUCUAAUGAGAGAGAAGAGGAGGGCAUUAUUUUAACACUCCUGGAUAAUGUGUGUUGAGAAGCCGGUCAUAGUAAAUCAAGGUCAUGUUCAGUAUGCACAGAAUUAGAAAAUCAUCUUGAAACAGGUGAGGAACGGCCUGAAAUCGCCCAAUAAGACUGUUUUCUGUUUUCUGACUUCUAGUUUCGUGCCAACUGAACAUGACUGGUCUGUCUUAUUACCCGGGAUGCGAUGGCACGAAACAGGCAGUCGAUCUGGACACAGGUCUGCUCCUCCCAUACGAUCCAGCUCAUCGAUGGGCUGAUUUUAGGGGCUGUUGAGGAGAGUCAACUCUAAGCUGAGGCAUGAAUGGGUGCUUAGAAAGUACACGCAGCUUUCGCAGUAAGUUGCAAUUCAUGCUGAUUGUUUAUCAUUCAAAUUAUAAUUACUACUAGCAUCAAAUGUCUGGUUGAGUAAAUAAAUGUUCUUACCUAAAGUG